AUGCUUUCUGAUGAUGAAAUCCUAGGAAUACUCUACCUGCAACUUACUGGAAUGGGAGUCUUAGGGAACUGUUUCCUCCUAUUCUUGUAUAGCUAUAAUUUCCUUACUGGUAUUAAAACUAAAACCAUUAAGAUAAUUGUCACCCACUUGGCCUUUUCUAACACAAUGUUGCUCCUCUUCAGAGGAAUCCCUACCACAGCAAGGGUAUGGGGGGUCAAAUGUUUCCUGGAUGGUCUUGGCAUUCGCAUAAUAACUUACCUACAGAUAUUGCCCCGUGGUAUUUCCCUUGGUAUCACCUGCCUACUGAAUUCUUUCCAAGCCAUUACCCUGACUCCCAAUGGCUCCAUCUGGGCAGAGCUCAAAACUAGAGCUCCAAAAUGUAUCACUCCCUGCAUUCUUCUCAUCUGGAUCUUCAAUAUUCUAGUUAACAUAGUUGGGUUUGUAUUCCUCACUGGCCCAAAGAAUAGCACAGAGAGUAAACAUGGAUGCAACAUGGGAUAUAGAUCUCUGGAUAUGUAUAACACAGAUCAUUUAAUAAUUAUAAUUGCAACAUUUAUCCAUGAUGCAAUUCUUGUAUGUCUCAUGGCCUGUUCCAGUGGCUACAUGGUUUUUAUCCUAUACAGACACAACCAGUUAAUCAAGUAUAUUCAUAGCACCAGCCUCUGCCGAAAAAUAUCCCAUGAAACCCGAGCUACCAAAGCCAUUCUGCUUUUAGUAGGUACAUUUAUUUUCUUUAAUGCACCAAGUCCUAUUUUUAUUCUUUAUAUGUUCUAUUUUAAAGAAGGAAGUGUCUGGGCUAUACAUGCCUCUGCCCUUCUUUCCCUAUGUUACCCAGCAGUCAACCCUUUCAUACUGAUCAGCAUUGACACCCAUAUGCCCAAGGUUUGUUGUGUCCACUGA